UAUAAGUGGAUGUUUAUGCUGUAGGCCACGUAGAGUUGCUGGAGGGAGUUUAAAAGCGAAAGUCAUGGGCUGUUUGGAUCCAAUGGGAAUCAAGGGAUGCUUAUUUUCACUUUUGGAUUGACUUGACAACAUUAACACACACAUUUAAAGAGGCUGAACUCAUCUGAUUUAGUUUGCUGUAAAAAUGAUUGGGACGCACUGGCCGUUACAGUGUAACUACACAACCAGCAUGCCGGUGGAGAGAAUGCGUAUGAGACCAUGGUUGGAAGAGCAGAUAAACUCGUGUACAGUUCCUGGGCUCAAAUGGGUCAACAAGGAGAAGAGAAUAUUCCAGAUUCCAUGGAUGCAUGCCGCACGACAUGGCUGGGACGUGGAGAAAGAUGCUCCUCUCUUCCGAAACUGGGCCAUACAUACAGGGAAAUACCAACCAGGUGACAAACCGGACCCCAAAACAUGGAAGGCGAACUUCCGCUGUGCUAUGAACUCUCUGCCUGACAUUGAGGAGGUGAAAGACAAAAGUAUCAAAAAGGGAACAAAUGCUUUCAGGGUGUAUAAGAUGCUGUCAGCAUCAGAGAGACACACAAAGAGAGGUAAAAAGAGGGCGUUUGAAAAAGAAGAAAAGAUAAAGGCAGAGCGACUGUGCCCUGCGCCUUCAGGUUGGGAAAACAGUAAUGACUCUUCAGCCUGUAAAAUCCCAGUGACAGUCAAACAGGAGGCAGAUAACUCUGGUACAGACAUUGGUGGGCAGAGCCCUGCAGACGAUAACCUGAUCAUCAACGAUCUGCCCGAUGUGUGUCAGACCAUUGAGGUGGUGACGGAAAACGAGGAGCAGGCCGUGACCUCCAGCGACCCUUACCCCUUACAGAUCUCCCCUGUCUCCUCAUAUGGAGAGAGCGAUACAGACAGCGUCCAAAGUGAGGAAGACUCCAAAGAGCACGUUCAGACCUUACUGUUUGGACUUGAAGACAAGAAGCCGCCAAUGAUGAGGAUGCCUCUGCCCAGCAUGUCCUCUUUCAUCUCCUCUGACAAACCCAACUUCAAGAUAACCACUGUCCGAGACCAAGUGCCUUCAUCUUUACACCCCGCUUUCACAGGUGGGACUCCAUGGAACAUCCUAAACUCAUCUUUCCCCCCAUCCCACAGCCCAGGACCAUCUGGUCAGGCCCCUGUCCAUGAGAAACGAGCCAGUGUGAUCAUGAAGACCUCAGAUGUUUCCAAAUCCUCUGUUAAAAGCUGCUGAUGAUAUCUGCAUUGUGACACACUGUCUUGCUGGACUUGACCAAGGCGUGAAGAACACUAUUGUUGCCUUUGAUAAAGGACCUAUAAGAGUUCACGGGACUGCUUUGGCUUUAAAGACAGCUUUCUGGAUGAGUAAAGCAUCCUACCAAGUGGUGGUUAAUGUAGUCCCAGAUGGGAAAUGAUCCAUGAGCUUAAAUUCAGGGAGAUUUUGAGCAAAGUGACAUGCAGUGGCCACAAAAUUUGUUUGGACACUUAUGCCACACUUUGAAAUGUACAAGUGUCAUUGCAUCAGAUAACAAAAAUAACUAAAGAAAGAUAGCACAUGCACACUUGUCAAGCAAAACAUUUCACAAAAAAAGGUUUGGUAGGUUUGAAAUUAUGAAACAAUAGAUUUACUGUUCCAAGUGAAGAUAAAUUGCAUUUGGACAUUUUCUGGUUGUCAAACUUUAGUGGAACAGGUCUGUAGUGAAUGUGAUGUAUUACACCUGUGGUUACUCUCCUUGGAAACCUGUGUGAACAUAAGGGGACCUGACUUCAGAAAAUGGCUUUCUUUGCAAAAACGGAUUAGAAAAGUUAAAGAAAUGUUCCAGGUUCAAUACAAGUUAAGCUUUAUUAAAGGGGUAGUUCACCGACAAAUUAAAAUUCUCUCAUUUACUCAACCUCAUGCCAUUCCAGAUGUGAAACAGAUUGAUAUUUAAGUCUUUUUUUAGUUUAAUGGUUUACUUCCGGUUACUCACCAGUGCGCAUUCAUGACAGGACCAAGUUCAUGCAGCCUCUCGCGUGACAUAAUUGCGUUGGCAUGUUCAAAUUAAAGCAAAACCAUUAAAGCUUGCGAACAGCGCAAGCUGGUUGUCAGUUCUCGCGUGAACAGGCCAGUGCGCUUACAUCACACGAAAGGCUGUGUGAACUCAUUAAUGCGUAUUGGAGAGUGACCAGACCAUUAUGUUUGAAAUUAUUUUUUGUGGCAAUAAAUUAUGCCAUAAAUGCUGUUAAUUGAGCUUAAAGCUAAAGUCUGUCAUUUCUGUGCCUCUAACGCCACCGAACAGAAUUGCAAAAAAAUUUAUUUUUUUCUCAAACUGCCUUCCAAAUACACUCCGGUCUUCUAUUGAUCGAACAAACAGAUAGUCCCACCCCCCAACUCAUGCCAUUGGUUGAGUCAAUGUUUUUGUGUCAUGCUGUACGGGCCGCUCAAAACAAACAGGAAUUUUGAUAGCGCUACAGAGACACAGUAUUUACAGAUUUCGAGAAAAGUAUGAAUGAAUGGCUUACUUAAAGUUAUGCAUACUAAGCUGGAAAUGCGGAAAGUAUUUCAACAUCGAAAAAGUUAGACUUCAGCUACUUGUAUUUAACCUGAGACUUUCAGUUAGUCCUGAGAAAAGCUGCAGCAUCAUUUGUUUGCAGAUGCCACUGGUUUCAUAUGUGCAAUAAAAGUCAUACAUAAGUGUGGCUUCAGUUUCCAAAUACUUUAUGGGACCACUGUAUAUCGAUAACUUGCCAUAGUGAUGGGUGUCAAGGUUAAAAGCCAUAGUGAAUGUGUAUAUAAAGGAAUCAUUGCCUAACUGCCUUUAGCCACCCGAGCACCUUGGAUAAGCACUGGCUGUGAUAAUCGGUGACUUUUGUAGCUCGCAUUCGAGAAGAAUAGUUUUAUGAACCUAUACGUGGCUCCAACAAAACCAGAAAAAAAUGCACUUAAUGGCAUCAUCUUAACUUAUCUUGAGACCUUUAUCGUGAGCCAAUUUUAAUACCUUAGGAAUCUUUAUGCAAUGGAUAAUACAGUAUAUGAAAUAUCCGCUAUUUUACAUUACUAUGAUGUAAGAAAUCAGGUGUGAAUUUGUGUUCGUUUGUGGUUUUUACAUAAAAAAAACAAACACUUGUUUUAUGAUUUUUAUAUAUAUAAAAAAAAAACAUAGGUUAGAUAAUUGUAUGCCUCUUUCUACUGUAUAUGUGAACAUAAAGAUGUAUAUGUUUUGCUUGUCUGUGUCUAUGGCUGUAUAUACAAGUCCCAGUUAUAUGUGUUUGUGCCUAUAUUAUCUUUAUACACAUACAAGGGCUUCUUUUUAAUCCUGUGGAUCACUGAACAUAAACAGAUUUCCCCAAGAUUGUGGUAUAUAAAAAUCAUGUGAUCAUAAGAAUAAACGACAAACUCUGCUUAAGUCA